AUGAAUAACUAUCACAGGCCAGUCUACGUCCAUGAAUAUGACGGUGGCGAAUAUGAUGUUGUCAUGUUCACAGGGGCGCGGUGGGCCUUGACCUCUUCUGAGUUCCUCUUACAUGGUGGAAGAAUACCGGACAGGAAGGUUUCCAAUGGUCAAGAAGGCGUUGGUUCGGACAUUGGAAACUUCUUCAAGUAUUUCUUCCAUGCGUACAAUGGCUACUACGGCAACUACACGGUGUCAGAAGAAACCGGCAAAUUGGUUGAUUCAGAGUUUCUCUGCCAUGUUUGUCAUGAUGAUUCAAACCCAUGCCUGUAUGAUGGAAAGUGCAAGAACGGGACAUGUGAAUGCUCUCAAGACUCUUUCGGGGGCGGUGUGAAGUCCCUCCAGGUAUGCAUGUGCACAUGGACCAUACAAGUGAGUGUUGCUCAGUUCAUCCUCAUUCAAGCUUUUGCUUUCUUUCUUGUAGUGAAAAAUGGUCACUGUGACCCCUUUUUUAACGCACCUGAGUUCAAAAUGGACAGCGGCGACUGCUGUGAAUCCACCUGUCAGAGCACACCUCAAUACACUUGUGGUGCCGCAGAAGAUGGUUAUGUCAGCACGGGAUACUACUACUAUAAGUCCCUAUGGAUAUCAUUUGAGGAGGCUCCCAACGUGAUUCAAGUCUAUGAGGCCCAAGAGGGAUUAUUUGAGUUCCGCACAAAUGUAACCAUCACAAGAAAUGGUACCCUGGCUGGUUUCUAUUCCUUGUCGUUGAGCGAAGAUGGCAGCAAACUGGCCGUGCAGUCAUUAUUUUACUCUGAGUUUUUCUCUGGGUCCAUUGUUGUCCUGGCCUGGGAUGAGUUGAGUGGUGACUAUGCUACCGAGACCGAGUUGCGCUUUGAGACUGAUUUGUACACGUUGUUCCCCUUGUCAUUGGCAUUGAACCAAGAUGGCACUGUUCUUGCAUAUGGCUUCCCCGAGUGUCAAGGCGCUCAGCUUCACAUUUUUACUUGCAAUGAUGCUGGCGUUUGGGUACCACGGAGGGCUCCACAGAUGAACACCACUGGCUGCAUUGAAAGUACCUUUCCAACAAGCAACAAUGCAUUGGCAGUAUCUGGUGAUGGAUCUGUGAUUGCCUUUAGGGUUGGUAGCAAGGUCAGAGUUUACAGAUGGGAAGCUGAAUUGAAAUCUUGGAAUUCUUUGGGAGACGAGUUCCCAUUCACACACUACCCAGUUGCAAUGUCUCCUGAAGGCAAGGAACUUGCAAUUAGUUCGCCUGAAGAUCGCAAUGGUGGAGUCACCGCUGUUUAUGCACUUCCUGGAAAAAAGGAGUGCCCCACUGGCAUGUCACUCCUACGCCUUUCACUGACCCUUGAUUCUUUCCCUGCAGAGGUGGCUUGGAAUCUUGUUAAUAACAGAACAGGGGAAAUCCUGUUUGAACAAGACUCUUAUCCACAAGAGUACAAAUUCGCAACAAUCUUGGAGGAGACCUGUGUCCCAGCUGAUUCUUGCUAUACCUUCACAAUAGAGCAGUUUGGAAGCUGUGCAUCUUGCCCCGCAGGUACAGAGCUGUUUAGCAUGAUGAUAUUAACAUGUGGACCCAUGGAGUGGGCACUGUUGAAGUUGAUUGAGCAGGGGGUCAACAAAUCAGUGCUUCAUGAGGACAACAACUUUGACAAGGUUUCCAAUCAAACUGUGUAUCCACCUCGCUCUGAUGAUGAUUUUCUGCUAUCGGAGAGUGACUGCAAGAUUAUCCCAGAUUCUCAUGAUGCAUGCCUGGACCCAGCAGAGUGCUAUGAGUUGCAGGUCUCUUCCAACAAAGUGAAGAACAGAGCAUACGUGGAAAUAGUGUUUGGGGAGCAGAGAGUCAAUACUAUACCUGAAACAGCUUGUGAGGGGCAGACCUUUUUUGUGGGAAGGGAGGACAAAUGCUUGCAGGAAGAGGACUGA